GGCCUCAGCGGAAGCCAUGCCCCCGCCUCUGGUCUUAAAAGGCUAGAUGCUGCUUCGAUUUUUUUGGCACUUUGGCAAGGAUGCGCAGGCGCAGUGGAGGAGUUCGCCAGUCGGACUAGCCGUCGCGUAUUAUUAAGUUGCUGCACUGUGUCCCAGCAGAGGAAGCUGGAGUGCUGAGCGUCGGUCACCAACCUGCUCCUCACUAGAUCCGCUGGACCAGAAAAGUUUGUGAAUAGAGCUUUCCGAGUUUUGGGAAAGCCAGGCUGGGAGUGCAGGGGGACAGAGGAGGCUGGAGGGAGCUUCCUCCAUGGAGCCCACUCAGCUUGCAGAGAACCUCAUCCCAAACCAGCAGUCCCCUGCACCCGAACUUAAGGAUCCUGAGGACCCCAGAGAUGAAUCCCCAGAUAGCUCAGACACUGUCGUCCUCAGUCUGUUCCCCUGCACCCCAGAGGCUGUGAAUCCUGAGGCAGAUGCCAGUGCGUCCUCACUGCAGGGAAGCUUCUUGAAGCACUCCACGACCCUCACAAACCGGCAGCGUGGGAAUGAGGUCUCAGCUCUGCCAGCCACCCUGGACUCCCUGUCUAUCCACCAGCUUGCAGCCCAAGGGGAGCUGAGCCAACUGAAGGACCAUCUGCGGAAGGGCGACAACCUGAUCAACAAACCAGAUGAGCGCGGCUUCACCCCCCUCAUCUGGGCCUCAGCCUUUGGAGAAAUUGAGACAGUUCGCUUCCUGCUAGACUGGGGUGCUAACCCCCACAUCCUGGCCAAGGAGCGGGAGAGCGCCCUGUCCCUGGCCAGCAUGGGCGGUUACACGGACAUCGUGAGGCUGCUGCUUGAGCGUGACGUGGAUAUCAACACCUACGACUGGAACGGGGGGACUCCACUGCUCUAUGCUGUGCGUGGAAACCACGUGAAGUGUGUGGAGGCCUUACUGGCCCGAGGAGCUGACCUCACCACAGAGGCCGACUCUGGCUACACCCCAAUGGACCUCGCGGUGGCCCUGGGAUACCGCAAAGUGCAACAGGUGAUGGAGAGCCACAUCCUCAAACUGUUCCAGAGCAGCCUGGGGCCUGCUGACCCCGAGUGAAGACAGCCUGUUGGGAACCCAGGCACUCAGGGAUGAACCAGUCAGCCCACACUGUGUUGAAAGGCAGCUCCUGGACAGUGGCGGGAAGGCCUCCCCAACAGGAACCAAUAAAGCUGUGCAGAACUUGAA